AUGAUUUUCAGUUUCUUUGACAAGGCGGCAGUGGAGAUACAAUCAGAUCACAUGAAGGGUUCAGUUGACUCAUGGAGACUUUGCACAGUGACCCAAGUUGAGGAAUUGAAAGCAAUCAUCCGAUUGCUUCCUAUAUGGGCCACUGGUAUCAUCUUCAGCACAGUUUAUGGACAAAUGGGCAACUUAUUUGUAUUACAAGGAACUUUCAUGGAUGCUUAUGUGGGCAAUUCUAGUUUCCAGAUCCCAGAAGCGUCGCUUAGCAUUUUUGACACCCUCAGUGUCAUCUUUUGGGUCCCAAUCUACGAUCGAAUCCUCAUUCCAGUCACCAGAAGAUUCACUGGCCACAAAAGUGGCUUGACUCAACUUCAAAGAAUGGGCAUUGGCCUCUUUAUAUCAAUCUUUGCCAUGCUCUCUGCUGGGAUUUUAGAGGUUGUUAGGCUUAACAUUGUGAAAAGGCAUGAUAUCUAUGGAGUCAAGGAAGUGCCCAUAUCAAUAUUUUGGCAGGUUCCACAGUAUUUCAUUAUAGGCUGUGCAGAAGUGUUCACCUUCAUUGGACAAUUGGAGUUUUUCUAUGAACAAGCUCCUGAUUCCAUGAGAAGCCUGUGCUCGGCUCUCUCGUUAACCACAAACGCCCUCGGAAGCUAUUUGAGCUCUCUACUGGUAACCGUUGUCACUGAUAUUAGUACUCGAGAUGGGAAGCCAGGCUGGAUACCGGAUAACUUGAAUUAUGGUCAUCUCCAUUAUUUCUUCUGGCUCUUGGCAGUGUUAAGUGUGCUGAAUUUAGGAGCUUUUCUAUUGGCAGCUAAGUGGUACACUUAUAAGAGGUCGGUGGGGACUCUCCCGGCUAUAAAGAGCGAAGCCGAUCACACCAUAUAA